AUGAGCCAAAUGGGAAUACCAGCAAAACUGGUCCGAAUAAUAAGAGCAUAUACAUAUGAGUCCAAAAGUAAAGUAAGUUUUGGAGGAGAGGUAUCAAAUGAGUUCCCAGUAACGAUCGGACUCAGAAAGGAAGAUGCUCUAUCGCCAGCUUUGUUUAAUAUUGCACAUGGAAUUCCAUGGGCAAUUUUUUGUAUGAGGUUAAUAAAGAAUCUAAUAAUAGAAAAAUUGGUAAAAUUUUAAUAGGAACUUAUAUAUCCAAAGAAUUAAUUUUAGAUUUAGCUUCUUGGAUUUCUCCAGAAUUUUCUUUUAAAUGUAAUGAUAUAAUUCUAAGUUAUUUUGAAAAGGAAUACAAAGAUUCAUUAAAAGAAAAAAAUGAUAAAAUUGAUAUUUUAAUUAAAGAAGUACAAGAAACAAGAAAACAAUACACACUUGUGCAAAAAACUUGAUUCAAUAGGAAUAAAGUUAGAUGAAACACAGGAUCAAGUAGAUGAAAUAAAAGAAAAAUUGGAAGAUGUAAAUAAUAAAUUAGAUAAAGUACUUCCUGAUAUAAAUAUUGAUUAUAAGACAUCAGAACUAAAACACCAAUAUAUUUUAUUUAAAGAUAAAUAUAAUGUUAAUUCUUAGAUGUUUUUAAGAGGACAAGACAAAGAUAUAAAAAAUAAAAAGAAUUUGUACAAUGGAACAUAUGAGAUUACUAUAGAUUCAAGAAGGAAACGAAAUCCUAUUGAUUUAAUAAAUAGACUUAAAGAAAAAAUUCAAGAAAUCCAUGAGGAUUCUUAUGAUGAUAUUAUUGAAGAAUAUAAAUUUUCAAAUAAAUAUAUUAAUUCAUGUCCUUCAGAUAGAUGA